AUGUCUUGGGUUUGGAAUCGUCUGCUGGAUAUUAUUCAGUUGAAAGAAUAUUCAUUAAAACAUACACAUCGAAUAGCUGUGAUGGGAUUAGAAGGAGCCGGAAAGUCGACUCUCAUCAAAUGUGUUCGAAACCGUAAUGAUGAUGAAUCAGGUAUAUCAGAGAUAUUAUUGGGUGAUAUUGUAUAUACAUUGGUUGAGAUCACAAUAGAAAAUGAUGAAGUUAGUUGUAUUGAUUUAUCUGGUUACGAUGCUAUUAUCUAUGUUGUCGAUUUAACUGAUACAUAUAACCUUGGACUGAAUAAAAAGGAAUUUCAUAUGCUUGUAGAAAAUGAGGACGUCAUACUAACACCAGUUCUUAUCGUUGGCACCAAAUGUGAUCUUGGCUAUUCCAUGACUUCAACAGAUUUUUGUCACUUACUCGAUGUGACAUGUACGGGCAAAUCUGAUGAUUCUAUGCUUGACAUAACUAUAAGGCCAUUAGAAUUUUUUCGAUGUUCCGUCGUUCAACGUACUGGUAUUGGGGAAGCAUUUCAUUGGCUGACAAAUCAACUUCAAAACUAA